CGCUCACUGCGCAUGUGCACAGCAUGGCGCUGAGUACCAGCUGACUGGCAGUAUCCUUGCUUCUGUGUAUGUCAUCCCGGGCACACGGGCAGUAAGGAGCCAUGAAGACUGCCAUGUUCCUCCUGUCGUGGAUAGCCAUAGUGCCCCAGGUACUUUGUGAAUAUGGGAUGGCUCAUGUUACAUCAGAUAAAAGCGAGGGCAGUGCCAAAGAUUACUGUAUUCUUUUCAACUCCGAAUGGGCCCACCUGCCUCAUGACCUCACCAAAGCUGCCUUGCUCCAUCUUCAGGAUCAGACCUCAUCUGUGCUUUGUUCUCCUACGGAUGUUCCUGAUGGUGGAUUCAGUAAUAGUAUCCCCAUGGUAAUGAGAGGAAAUUGUACUUUCUAUGAAAAGGUACGACUCGCGCAGAUCAAUGGUGCUCGUGGAUUGCUGAUCGUCAGUCGGGAGAGGCUGGUCCCUCCUGGAGGUAACCGAAGCCAUUAUGAGGAGAUUGACAUUCCUGUGGCCCUUCUUAGUUAUACAGAUAUGCUAGAUAUCAGUAAGACAUUUGGCCAGGCUGUAAAAGUGGCGAUGUAUGCACCAAAUGAACCUGUUGUGGACUACAACAUGGUCAUCAUUUUUAUAAUGGCUGUAGGAACCGUUGCUACUGGCGGCUGCUGGGCUGCAAACAGAGAUGUUAAGAAGAGCUAUAUGAAACACAAGAGGGACGAUGGAGCAGAUAAGAAACAUGAUGAUGAAACUGUGGAUGUCACUCCUAUCAUGAUCUGUGUGUUUGUCAUUAUGUGUUGCUCUAUGCUGGUCCUUCUGUUUAACUUCUAUGACCGCUUAGUUUAUAUAAUCAUUGGAAUAUUCUGCUUGGCUGCAUCAAUUGGGCUGUACAGCUGCCUUUCUCCAUUUGUCCGAAUGAUUCCGUAUGGGAAGUGCAGAGUACCAGAAAAUAAUCUGCCUUACUUCCGUAAUCGCCCACCUGUCUGGAAACUCCUUCUAGCAAGCUUCUGUAUUGCUGUCAGUGUGUUAUGGGGAGUGUAUAGAAAUGAAGACCAAUGGGCUUGGAUACUCCAGGAUAUUCUUGGCAUAGCUUUUUGUCUCUACAUGUUGAAGGCAAUUCGCCUGCCCACAUUUAAGAGCUGCACACUACUCUUGCUUGUUCUCUUUGUAUAUGAUGUCUUCUUCGUGUUUAUCACACCAUUUUUUACAAAGAGUGGUGAGAGUAUCAUGGUUGAAGUGGCUGCAGGUCCAUCAGAUUCAUAUACUCAGGAAAAGCUUCCAAUGGUCCUGAAAGUGCCAAGAUUAAACGCUUCACCAUUGGCCCUCUGUGACAGGCCAUUCUCUCUUCUGGGUUUUGGAGACAUAUUAGUGCCAGGUCUCUUAGUGGCUUAUUGUCAUAGAUUUGACAUUCUGAUUCAGUCUUCAAGGAUCUAUUUUCUGGCUUGCACUAUUGCCUAUGGAAUAGGUCUGCUUGUGACUUUUGUGGCACUAGCUCUUAUGCAAAGGGGACAACCUGCUCUCCUCUACCUAGUCCCCUGCACCCUCCUCACAAGUCUGGCUGUGGCCCUUUGGCGGAAGGAACUUCCCUUGUUCUGGACUGGCAGCGGCUUUGUGCAGAAAGACCUACCAGAUCCUAACCCCAUUAUCGCUCCUAUUGGGUCAGAAGCCUGUUUAAGCCAGCACAGUGAUAUCAAAGAUCCUGCAGCAAACCACAACCACGACCCUGCCACAGAGCCACAGCAAGAAGACACUACUAGAUCUCCUGUGGAUGGACAGCUGUGCCUGGCUACAGACAGGACUGUGGUAAAGACCGAGGAAGAAGAGCAACUGAACUCUGGAUCUGCAAGAACCGUAGAAAACCAGCUGACCCAGGGCGUAGACCGUGCCAUCUCAGAUAGCUCAGUAAAAGCUAUAAAUCAGAAUGUUGAAUAAGCCACUGCUGCACACCUUUAUCCCCAACACAGGCAGGACCACAUUGAAACCCUUCUCUCCAAAGGUGGGUCAACGCAGACAGGACCAGGUCAUACUGCGAGGAAUGUAACUGAUAUAUACUUCCCUCUUCACUUAAU